CAAGCAGAUGAAAGAUGCAGAUAAUGGCUUUGGAAACCUGCCAGCUCUCCCCCUUUGCACAAGAGCAGUGCUGUGCUUGCUAUUGUGCAAGCAGCUGGUGAUGGUGGCAGCUCAGGCAGCUACUCUGCUUCUCUUUCGAACACGCUGAGCUCAUAGGAUCACAGAAAGGUGUGGGGUGGGGGCACCUCCUGAGCCUCUGGUCCCCUCCCUGCCCUCAGCAGGGCUACCUCAAAGGCCAGAGGAGGUUGUUCAGGGUCUUGUUCAAGUGAGUGCUAUCUCCAAGGAUGCAGAUCCCAUCCCUUUUCUGGGCCAUGUCCCUGCACUGCACCACUCUUAUGGGUGUUUUUCUUACAUCUAAUGGGAAUUUUCUUUGCAGCACUAUGUGCCCAUUGCCUCUGAUGUCCUUUCACUGUGCACUUUGGAAAAGACUGGCUCUAUCUGCUCUAUAGCACUCCCAUGAGAUAGUUGAAGCCAAUAGUGAGGCUCCCCUCUCAGCCUUCUCCCCUCCAGGCUGACCAAACCCAGCUUUCCCAUAUGUUCUGUGCUCUAGGUGGAGCCCCUCCAGUUUGUCAAAACCUGUCUUGGACUAGGGGUCUGCAAACAGGACCUGUGCUCCAGGUGCAGCCUCACCUAUGACUCACUGCAAGAUCUGCAAUUUGCUUUGCAGAUUUUCUUUAAAGCACUGAAGGACCAAGACAGUGUGUCAAAACAUACGGCUCCACCUGCAAGGACCCCAGCUUCAGGGACAGGGACACCUGCAGAGUCACUGCUAGAGGCACUGUACAACCACUGCGGUUCCUGUAGGGUCCCACACAGGGAAGAGUUCAGCUAAUAGACAUUCAUUUAACCUACCCUGGGGGAAGAGCGGCAGAGACUUGGGUGCUCUCAGUCUGUGCUGCUAAACCAAGGAGUUUCUGUUACAGAAGGAAAAACACAAUUGCAAGGUGCAAUUAGUUAGGAGUGAGCUGAGGAACAGCGCUGGUGAGCAGCUCCUUUGCUUCUCUGUACACCAGCUUGUUCAAGCACAUCGUUUGCCUGAUCCAGCAGUAUGCCACUACCCUGCCUCAUUGGCUCAGCUGUAACACACCAAGGAUUUGACCAUCAGCUGGAUUUGCACUGGGGCAGGGAGAGGGGCUGUGGCCAGGGGAAGAGGUGAUACUUUGCCAGAUGAGCUCCCAGUACAACAGUAGUUUGGGCAAGGGUGAGAUCCUACUUGAGCUGUCCUGUGCUUAAGAUCAGCAGCUGGAGAUUGGUGAAGCCUGUUCAAACUAUCAUCCAGGUGCCUCCUCUUGCUGCUCCUGCCUAUGCAGGGAAGUGCAGAAGGAGCAGCAUUCGUGGACCCUUCCAGACCACAACAGAGACACGGGGCAGGGUGGGUUAGGGAGGUGGGAUGGGGAGGGCUGAGCAAAGCAGACACCCUUCAGAGGUGGUGCCUCCGUAGGUGGAUAUGAAGACAGCUUUUUCAACCUCUAAGAGCAGCAAAGGAUGAAGAGCACCAUGGGGGAAGGAACCCUGUCCCUGUAAGACAUCUGCAGAAGGAGUGAAGACUCUCAAAGCAUGGCAAAGUGCUGCCUUGCGUCUUCCCCCCCAGAAAAACUGGGGAAGCUCUGCUUGAGUAUCAGGCUGUGUCUUCAGGGAUGAAGGCAGAAAUCUUCCUGGGGCUGCUGGUGAUCCUCAGCCUGUUCCAGGCAUCUGUAUCUUCUUCCUUUGGUAUUGUCUUUUUCUUAGGUUUUGCAGAUCAGGGUCUUUUCUGAGUAGGAAAGAUAAAGUUAAGUCUAGAAGAGCCUGAAUUAUUCUGUUGUAAGCAGCAAAGUCCUGAAGAGGUGUCGGAAGGAGUAUAGUCAGUUUGUAUCUACUGUGACAGCAAUCCUGGCUGUUUCACGUUUUUAUCAGUUAACAUCCUGUCUGAUUUCUUAAAAUCAUGUUAAAGGAGAGGUCAGUUCUGGGAACUGCUCUAUCCCCAUGGUACAACGGUCUCCCUCCCUGCAGGCUGUGCAAAGGGGUGAGCACAGCCUCUCCUGGGAGAGUGUGGUUCAGCCCUGGGGGCUGCAGUGCAGGCAGUGGGCAGGUCACUCACUCCCUUCAUGCUAUUUUUUAUGGAGGCUGAAAACUAAACUCCCCUCUUCUCAGGGGGGGUCGUUCCUGUUCUCAAAGUGAGGAAUGAAUUAUUGUCUCUUUCUGAAGUGAACUCGCUUUGGCUGCUGCAGCAUUUGGUGAAUUGGAGCUAUCAGGGGCUGUGGAGUUUGGGGAUGGGGCAGUCACUUGGUGCUCUUCCAGCCCGGAAUCACUGCUCCAAAACAUAUGGAGACCUCUGCCUGUUAAUUUGCAAUGUAAAAUCCUUCUGGAAAGCACAUGACUGAAGGAUCAGUGCUUUCUUUCAUUUGUCUCAAAUGGUGGUCCUGGCAAUAAUUUCUCUCACCAAGAUUGUCGAAGAGGUGAACUCUGGGUUGAUCAGGGAAGAUAUUUUAAAGAAUCUGGGGAGAAUUAGGAGAUAUUUAUCUCCUUUGUGCUGAUUUCUGAAGUUUUCUUCUUCCCUAGAAGCUGUAGAAAAUGCUGUCACUCAGAGAAGCCCACCAGGGGCUGUCCCCUCCUGUUCUGUGACCCGCAGCCAGCAGAUGAUGGGGACACGAUUCACUUUUGGGAGCUCCCCCGAGCAGGAGGGGGAGCAGUGAGGGUGGCAGGAGGUUGCAGGAUGGACUGGGGAAAGCAGUGGGGAAAUCGGGCUGCGUACCCUUCUGCCUUGAUGUAUAGGGGGAUAUAUAUGAGCUUUGGCCAGUUGGUGCUGGGGGGAAGGACCCAAACUCACCAUAGGUGUAUUGGUAACGUGGCUAUAACCAACCUAGGAUAAAAAGUGGGGGGGUAAAGACAGUGAUGAGAAAAAACGCAGACUAGAGCUCUUAAUGCUUGUCAUGGCAGCCAGAGUAUCUGUGCAGGCUCUCUGAAGGCAACUAUGGCUGGAGGUGUAGAAGUAAGAUGAAUCACAUUAAUUGGGGUUGCAAAAUACCUUGAAGAAAUAGCAACUGCUGUCCUGUGAAACAGCAGGAGGGAUGAUGCCUAUAUCUCUCAUGGUGGCUAUUUGAAGCCUUCACUGAUGGAGAUACACUUUUCAUGCCUGGGAUUGACUCUCUGAGACUCCCCUGAGGAAUAUAUGUAUAUACAGAUAUCUCUAGAGAGCGAGCAGCAGCAAUUACUUCCAGCACUGCUGUGCCAAUAUCCCUGGGUGCUGGAGGCAUGAAGAGAACCCCCGUGCAGCACAGGGAUGGUUCUAGGUGGGAGGCAGAGCUCUCACCUCUGCUCUUUCCUAUCCCUUACCGAGAUCUGCCAGAGCAGCUGCCAGACGCAUCCCUCCUGAGCAGCGUGGAUGAGGCCAAGCAGCUGGUGGAUGCAGCCUACAAGCACACACGCGACCGCAUAAAGGAGCACCUGCAGAAUGAUGCAUUGGCCCCAGUAAAGCUUCUGGGAUAUUUCAAACAGCCAGUGGCAGGGACUCGGGCUGCUGUUCGGGCUGCAGAUUACAUGGAAACCACACUGACCCUCCUCAAAGAGAAGCUGCAAUGGGCUGUAAGGGGGGACUUCAAUGUCACAGACUUGCUGACGCCGGCUCAGCUGGAGAUGAUUUUCAAGGCAAGUGGUUGUGACCAGCAGGAUAAGAAAAUAAAUUGUGGCGCUUCUUGCCACUACCGAACGAUCACUGGCGAGUGCAACAACAGGAGAAACCCAUCACUAGGAGCUUCAAACAGAGCCCUGGUCAGAUGGUUGCCAGCAGAAUAUGAGGAUGGCGUGUCAGUCCCCCACGGGUGGACAGAAGGAAAGCUUUUCUCUGGAUUCCCCUUUCCACUGGUUCGAAAAGUGUCAAACGAGAUUGUCCGCUUCCCCCCCGAGCAGCUCAGGAUGGACCAGCAGAGAUCACUCAUGUUCAUGCAGUGGGGCCAGUUUAUUGACCAUGACCUGGACUUCAGUCCAGACACCCCAGCCAGAGUCACCUUCAGUGGCAAGGUGGACUGUGACACCAGCUGUGCCAAGCAGCCCCCUUGCUUUCCCAUCAAGAUCCCACCCAAUGACCCACGAAUUAAAAACACGAGAGAUUGCCUUCCUUUCUUCCGCUCAGCUCCUGCUUGUACCAGCGGCAGAGCAAUUCGAGAUCAGAUCAACGCGCUCACCUCCUUUCUUGAUGGCAGCAUGGUGUACGGCAGUGAAGUGCCUUUGGCCAACAAACUGAGGGAUCAAACCAACCAGCUGGGCUUGCUGGCUGUUAACCAGAAUUUCACUGAUAAGGGGAAGGCAUAUAUGCCCUUUAACAACAUGCAGAAGAGCCCCUGUCUUACAGUCAGCAGAGAAGCUAAAAUCCCUUGCUUUCUUGCAGGUGAUUCUCGAGCAAACGAGAUGCUGGAGCUGGCAUGCAUGCACACACUCUUUUUGCGGGAGCACAACCGCCUGGCUAGAGGGCUGAAGAGACUAAAUCCCCACUGGAAUGGAGAAAAGCUCUACCAGGAGGCACGAAAGAUCCUGGGUGCCAUGAUCCAGAUUAUAACCUACAGGGACUACCUGCCUCUUCUGUUGGGAACCAGUUUCCGGAGAUUGAUUCCUCGCUACCAGGGCUACAAUGAGUCUGUGGAUCCUCGAAUAUCCAAUGUCUUCACCCUGGCUUUUCGUUUUGCUCAUGCUUCAGUUCCCCCAACUGUUGACCGCUUAAAUCAAAAUUACAAGUCCAUAGGUCCCAAAAUUCAACUUAGAAAUGCCUUCUUUGCUGUCUGGAGGAUUGUUAAAGAAGGUGGUAUUGACCCCUUUCUCCGGAGCCUGAUGGCUAAUCAGGCCAAGUUGAUGACACAGCAGCAAAUGGUUGUGGAUGAGCUCCGGGAUCGGAUGUUUGAGCAGAUCGAAAGGAUUGGGUUUGAUUUACCCGCACUUAACAUGCAGCGUAGCAGAGAUCAUGGCCUCCCGGGUUAUAACUCCUGGAGACAAUUCUGUGGGCUCUCACAACCUUCCGGAUUGAAGACACUUGCUCGAGUGUUGAGGAAUCAUGGUUUGGCAAAGAAGUUCAUACAGCUGUAUGGGAGACCAAAGAAUAUUGACAUUUGGAUUGGGGCACUUGCAGAGCCCUUUGUGAAUGGAGGCAGAGUUGGGCCUCUCAUGGCUUGCCUUAUUGGCACCCAGUUCAGGAACAUUCGUGAUGGGGACAGGUUUUGGUGGGAGAGCAGAGGGGUUUUCACUCCUUGGCAGCGCUCUUCACUGGCCAAAAUCUCCUUGUCACGAAUAAUAUGUGACAACACCCACAUCUCUAAAGUACCGAGACAUAUCUUCCAGGUUAACAGAUACCCUUGUGGCUUUGUGAGCUGCAGCCAGAUCCCAAAGCUGGACCUCAGAGCCUGGAAGUCAAAGAGGACUGAGGAAGUUACAGAGCAAGAAGAAGCAUCUGGUGACUUCUAAUGCUGAACAUUGAGGAUUCCCCAGAAGUCCAGAUUUGGGAAGCUGCUGAGGUGGAUUAUUAUUUUUUACUGUGUUUAUGCUUUUACUGCCUGAAAUGUUUGGACAUGGUUGCUGUCAUUUGCUCAAUUUAGUUUGCAUGAAGCCUUUUCCAUGACAUGGAGUCCAGCAAUAAAAGAACUUCAUGAAAAGA